AGGGGUGGAGGGGUGGAGGGGAAGAGGGACGGAAAAUAGGUUCUGUGUGCUCUCCCGGGGUAUUGUAUCAGGAGAUGCAGGCUGGCUACCAUGUGACGCGGUCCAGAGCUGAAGGGAUUGGCCGAGGCAGCGCAGGCGGUGCAGCUCGGCCGGCUUGCUGUUCCUCUCCCUUUCUCUCGCAGCAUCUUCCAGGGAGCCUGUAGGUGAAGCGGCACCCGCAGCAUCCAUGGCCUAUCUUUGGGGUUAACUCUUGUCUCAUUUGGCUUCAGCAGUGGACAGAGCAGACCCCUCGGCAGCGGCGUUGUGAGGACUUAGCUGGGACCUGGAAUCCUAUCCUCCUGUAUUUUUUCAGACUCCUUGGAAAUUAAGGAAUGCAAUUCUGCCACCAUGAUGGAAGGAUUGAAAAAACGUACAAGGAAGGCCUUUGGAAUACGGAAGAAAGAAAAGGACACUGAUUCGACAGGUUCGCCAGAUAGAGAUGGAAUUAAGAAAAGCAAUGGGGCACCAAAUGGAUUUUAUGCGGAAAUUGAUUGGGAAAGAUACAACUCCCCUGAGCUGGAUGAAGAAGGCUACAGCAUCAGACCCGAGGAACCCGGCUCUACCAAAGGAAAGCACUUUUAUUCUUCAAGCGAAUCGGAAGAAGAAGAAGAAUCCCACAAGAAAUUUAAUAUCAAGAUUAAGCCACUGCAAUCUAAAGACAUUCUUAAGAAUACCGCAACCGUAGAUGAGCUGAAGGCGUCCAUAGGCAACAUUGCACUUUCCCCAUCACCGGUGAGGAAAAGUCCGAGGCGCAGCCCGGGUGCAAUUAAAAGGAACUUAUCCAGUGAAGAAGUGGCAAGACCCAGGCGUUCCACGCCAACUCCAGAACUUAUAAGCAAAAAGCCUGCAGAUGACACGAUGGCCCUUGCCCCCCUCUUUGGUCCACCAUUAGAAUCAGCUUUUGAUGAACAGAAGACAGAAGUUCUUUUAGAUCAGCCUGAGAUAUGGGGUUCAGGCCAACCAAUUAAUCCAAGCAUCGAGUCGCCAAAGUUAACAAGGCCUUUUCCCACUGGAACACCUCCACCACUGCCUCCCAAAAACAUACCAGCCACCCCACCCCGAACAGGCUCCCCGCUGACAGUUGCACCAGGAAAUGACCAGUCAGCCACAGAGGUCAAAAUUGAAAAACUACCAUCAAUCAAUGACUUGGACAGCAUUUUUGGCCCAGUGUUAUCCCCCAAGUCUGUUGCUGUUAAUGCUGAAGAAAAGUGGGUCCAUUUUUCUGAUACGUCCCCGGAACAUGUUACUCCAGAGUUGACUCCAAGGGAAAAGGUGGUGUCCCCACCAGCUGCAUCAGACAACCCAUCUGACUCCCCAGCUCCGUGCCCCCCGGGCCCUCCAGGCCCCCCAGGACCCUCUGGUCCUCCUCGCAAUGUACCGUCGCCGCUCGAUUUAGAAGAAGUCCAGAAGAAAAUCGCUGAGCAGACCUUCAUUAAAGAUGAUUACUUAGAAACAAUCUCAUCUCCCAAAGAUUUUGGGUUGGGACAGAGAGUGACCCCACCUCCCCCACCACCACCCACCUACAGGACUGUGGUUUCAUCCCCCGGACCUGGCGCAGGCAGUGGUGUGGGGACCACCAGCGGUGCAUCAUCCCCUGCACGACCCGCCACUCCCUUGGUUCCCUGCAGCAGCACCACCCCCCCACCACCUCCUCCCCGGCCUCCAUCUCGGCCAAAGCUACCUCCAGGAAAACCUGGAGUCGGAGAUGUGCCCAGACCUUUUAGCCCUCCCAUACAUUCUUCCAGCCCUCCUCCGAUAGCACCCCUUGCCCGAGCUGAAAGUACUUCUUCAAUAUCGUCCACCAACUCCUUGAGCGCAGCCACCACUCCCACAGUUGUGUCAGAAGAUGAUGUUUUUUAUGACAAACUGCCCUCGUUUGAAAGGCGCUGUGAAACGCUGGCAGAGAAUGAACAGCCUUCCCUCGUUUGGUUUGACAGAGGAAAGUUUUAUUUGACUUUUGAAGGUUCUUCCAGGGGACCCAGCCCCCUAACCAUGGGAGCCCAAGACACCCUCCCUGUUGCAGCAGCAUUUACAGAAACGGUCAAUGCCUACUUUAAAGGAGCAGAUCCAAGCAAAUGUAUUGUGAAGAUUACUGGAGAAAUGGUGCUGUCCUUUCCUGCCGGCAUCACCAGACACUUUGCCAACAACCCAUCGCCAGCUGCUCUGACUUUUCGGGUGAUAAAUUUCAGCAGGUUAGAACACGUCCUGCCAAAUCCCCAACUUCUCUGCUGCGAUAAUACUCAAAAUGAUGCCAAUACCAAGGAAUUCUGGGUAAAUAUGCCAAAUUUGAUGACUCACCUAAAGAAAGUGUCGGAACAAAAACCCCAGGCUACAUAUUAUAAUGUGGACAUGCUCAAAUAUCAGGUGUCUGCCCAGGGCAUCCAGUCCACACCUCUGAACCUGGCAGUGAACUGGCGGUGUGAGCCGGCCAGCACUGACCUGCGCAUAGAUUACAAAUACAACAUGGACGCCAUGACGACUGCCGUAGCCCUCAACAACGUGCAGUUCCUGGUCCCCAUCGAUGGAGGAGUAACCAAGCUGCAGGCUGUGCUCCCACCCGCAGUCUGGAAUGCUGAACAACAAAGAAUAUUGUGGAAGAUUCCUGAUAUUUCUCAGAAGUCAGAAAAUGGAGGGGUGGGUUCUUUAUUGGCAAGAUUUCAGUUAUCUGAAGGCCCAAGCAAACCCUCCCCAUUGGUUGUGCAGUUCACAAGUGAAGGAAGCACCCUUUCUGGUUGUGACAUUGAACUUGUUGGAGCAGGGUAUCGAUUUUCACUCAUCAAGAAAAGGUUUGCUGCAGGAAAAUACUUGGCAGAUAACUAAUAAAAUCUUAUGCAAGGAUUUGGAAGAUUCAUAUAAUGGAGAACUAUUGUAUGAGAAACAGGUUUUAAUUUCGGUUUGAGGGAAACAAACCAAAAUCUGCACUUGGGAUAUAUCUGCUGGAAACGUCGAAGACUUUCAGCAAUGAUUUCCCUCACACAAUACCAUGAUGACCAGUCUUACAGUAUUUACUUCUAGGUGUAAUAUUGUUAAUGGUUUUAAAAUGUAAUUAUUGUAUUUGUAAAUUGUACUCAUUCCAGUAAGGCAGUUAGACACUUGAGUUUUAGCAUUUUACCAUUCCUGAAAUGGAUGUAAUUUAAACUGUGGUAUGUAAAUUUAAUAGUAGUACUGUUGAAUGGCACAAUGCUUACAGAGGUAGAUUGCAUUUUGUCAAUAUAUAAAAUUUAAAUAUAAUAUGGAUAGCUGUCAUAAAGGGGGUGCCACAUACAAAGGAAAUUAAGUGGAACCAGAAAAAAAAAACUUCCUUUUCUUCAAUCCUUAGUAUGUUUUACUCUAGUGCUAAAUAAAAAUUCUAUCUUCAAAUAUUUAGUGGGUUAAAUUCAGAAACUAUUUCAGAAAAAAAAAUGCUAAAGUUACAGCAUAUUCAAGAAGAGCAUUAAUUACCACUUUUUAAAAAGCUUUUUUUUCAAACUGCAAAUUUCAUAAAAAUGCAAACUGUGUAAACAGGGCCUCUUAUUUUUAUAACUUGUGUAAAAAGGGAAAGCAAUUCAUAUUUAAAGUUUAAGUAUAUGAAAUUAUAAUCAAGAGUAAAGAAGAUGUUGAAGUCUUAGCCACUUCCCCCGCUCUCUACAGUUUAACAAAUGUGGAGAUUGCUGAGUAAUAUCAGACUAAAGCCGAAAUUGUGAUUUUAAAAUUUCAAGACUUUCCACAGUUAAACCGGUGAACAACUGUUGCACAAUUACUCUAAACAGAGUCUCUCCCAUCUUGUAUGGAGAAUGGUACCACGUAUCUUUCUCUUUACCUGCAGAAAUCAAAAUAGUAAGACUAAAACUUAGAAAAAAAAAUUUAGUCACCCCGUUUAAGUCCAGAAGGAAAAUUUUAAUCAUCAUCAUUUGUAUCAUUUGAGAAGGGGAAAAAAAAACUUUAUAAAUGAAAUUCUAUCCACAUUAUUGUGCAAUAAAUUUUCUUUUGGAUAAGAUUCAUCAUAUGUAACUAUAAAUCUUUGCCAUUCUCAGGAAUCAGAAAGAGAGUUAUCAAAAAUUUGUGUCAUGAUUUCAUUGUCGCGAGGUAUAAUUAAAACUGUAAUUACUCAGUCUGGCCUCACUUUGUGAGGAUUCCAAAUGGAGAAGCCCUUCUUCAGGGGUGCAUCUCAUUGCAAAACCUUCCUCCUCUACUAUCUGAAAACAUGAAGCUUCCUUUAAGUCAUAGACCUUAUUUUAAAUGAACCAAUUCUUAUUCUAAGUUAUACUAUUAAAUAACUGGAAUUAUUAAGCUGUUGUAUUCAUCAUUAGUUGCUAAAUUUUGUUUUAUAUUCACUUAUAUUUGACAAACAAUCAUUAGUCCCUUUCAAUUUUAGAAUCAAAUUAAAUUUUGUAAGUCUUACUUUUAAAAUGAGAUUGUGACUGGCAAUUGUUUAUAGUGAAAUUUUUAAAUUAGCAUUUGUACUUCUCAAUCAGUGCUUGCUACCAAGAGAAUGUUCAAAAUGAUCUGUUUUACCUCAGAAGAAUUCCUACUGUUCAAACCCUCUCAGUUGGCUCCCCAGACAGUCUGCUGUGGAAGUUUUUUGGACAAGUGAUUAAUAUACUCAUUUUAAGUAAAGAUAUUCAAUUUGAUUUUGAAACCAAAAUAGAAAAUGCAAACUUUUUAAAUCCCACAAAACAUGGGGAAACAUCAAAUACUGAAACCAAUGGAGAGUAAGCAGCAGAAAAUUAAGAAUUAUCCAGCUUACGAAUAUAAAAAUACAUUUUUAAGUAAUCAAUUCAUAAGGAAAACAUAUUGAAUAUUAACACAAAGCAUAUUAAAAAUGUGUACAUAUUACUGGUUCUUAUGUCCUCUUUAUAUUUUAUUUUAUAUAGUGCUAGAGUGAAUUAGUAAUUAAACACAAGGGUUUUUUUCAAAGAAUAAUUUUGUUGAUAUUGUAAAAAUAAUUUAAAACAUAGAUUACAAUAAUCUCUAACGUUAUUCAAACGUUUCCAAGAACCAAAUUUGAAACUAUGAAGAUCUCUUAUGAUCCCUUAAUUGGUCUUUGUGAAACAGAAUGGAGGUCAUUGUCUUCAUAAUUAUUAAACUUUCAAUAACCAGAACCUCGAUAGAGAAGAUAUCCCUUCUCCUUUCAGAAAAAUAGGUCAAAUAAUAAUACAAUGAAUUCAUAUCAGGGCUUUAGAUUUUGGUAUUUUUUUUAAUCUUGUAGUUUACAAUCUCCUGUCAUACCUGUAUCCAUAGUACUGUACAAUGAGAAUCCAUGUUAGGAAAAAAGAUCCUAGACAAUGCAAGAACCUCUACUAUAAAACAACAACAACAACAUCAAGUCAGGUUCAUUAUCAAUUCCUAAAACAGGACAAAAUGGGGAAGUACAUAUUAAUGUUUUCAAUACCAGGGGUUAAAAUAAAAAGAAAGAGUUCUCAUUAACCAGAACACCAUUUCCUGAGAUUUAUGAUUUUAUAAGUUUCUGUUCUAACAAGAUAGAAAGUAUGAAUGAUAUUGUUUUAUUUUGGCAACAUGGAAAGUAUGUUUUUCUUUUUAAAUAAAUUCCAUAUUUUCUUGAUAUUUUUAAAAAUAAAUUCUUGUUAAGAAUUAGUCUGAAUUUUACCAUAGUUGGAAUUUAUAAUUCCUAAGAAUUAAAUUUUUUAAUUAUUUUUAAAGCUCCGUUCUUCUCUACACCUACAGACAAAAUGAAAAUUCACUGUAUGGUAUUUGGGACUCUAUUUCACUAUAAAGAAAGAAUGUCCAUAUUUCAAAUGGUUUUGAGUGAAUAGAGAUGUUUUAUUUUUGUUUUAAUGCAUUUUUACUCAAUCUGCAAAGUGUUUGAGGCAAUCAUGACACAUGUUUUCAUUUCUAAUUCUUCUUUUCAAAGAAGCCUGGUGACUACAUUAACUCCAUGGCUAUUUCUCAGGUUCUCAUCUUUAGAAUGAGGGAUUGGGAUUGACAAUGGUUUUCACGUUUUUCUUAACAGCAGGACUUUUUUCUACUAAAAUUGCAUAUGGAAUCGUGUUAGGCAAAACAGCUCAAAGCAAUGAUGGAGUUUCUUCAGCAGUUUAGAUCUGGGCCGCCCACACCCAGCCCAGGGCUAUUUAAACAUUAAACAUCGUAAUAAUACCCCAACGAUCUGUAAAAUUUCUUCCACCUCUGAAGUUCCAUGAUUCUACUAGAUCAGAUAGACCCACUGUGGCGGCUUGAUAAGAAAACUUGUACAAUCACAGUAAUUAACUGAUAGAUAAUAAAAUUGUGCAUUUACUCGAGUGCUUACCAUAUACCAGUCACUACAGAUAUUAGCUCAUUGAAUCCUUAUCACAACCCAAAAGGUGUAAGUACUCUUCAUAAUUCCUAUUUUACAAAUGAUGAUUUUGAGUCUCAGAUGAAUUGAUUUGCCCGAAGAGACACAGCAGUGGGAAGUAACCCAGUUAUCUAGACUGCAGAGGGGACCUCUGACCAGUUUUGCUUGUUCAUUCUGGGAAAUAAACUCUUCUGUUUUAUUUUAGUAUGCAUAUAUCAUUUGAAUCCCAAGAUUAAAGGUGUCAUGAAAAAUUAGUAUCAAAAUAAGGAUAAUUCCAAUAACAAAAUUGUUGGAAAAGGGUAUGUUUCUCAGAGUAUGACUUGUGGACCACUUGUAUUAACAUUCAUUUAAAAGGGCAGUGAUUUUGGCUCAGUCACCACUAUCCCAGAGCCUAGAAGAUAGCAGGCAUCAACAAGUUUAUGUUGAAUGAAUAAAUCUCUAGGGAUGGAGUUUAGGAAUAUGUAUUUUGACAAGCAUCCAAAAUCUGAAAAUCACUGCCCUAAUAGAUCUCCGAGGUCCUUCUUAGUUAGGACAUUAUAUCAAAUUUUAAACAUUAAAUUGUAAGUUGACUAUCAUUUUUCUAGUGAGUUUAUUUUUUCACUCAGUCCAUUUAACUUUCUCCAAUCUUAAAAAAUAAAUAAACAAAUAAAUAAAUAAAGUUCAGGGCUUUUUCUAGAAAAAUCCCUGUCUUUUCCUUAGAAUUCUUUCAUGCUGUCCAGUCUCAAAGUGGCCUGAAAUGCGUUUUCUCAUUUUCGUAUUUCUGUCCUUUUCAUCAAUGUCUUAAAAGACCAAAGAAGCGGUAAGCAGAUUGCAAGCUGUCACUCACUGCAAAUAAAAGUCCUAAGAAAUGUCUCCCUCCUUGCAAGAGACAUUCAGAUGGACAUGUAGCUUUGAGCUGACCCUAUUUAUGUUGUAGGCCUUUGAAUUGGAUGGUUUAUUAGAAUGGACCAGUGUCAUUCUAAAAGAGUUGACCAAUCAUUUUUAUUUUUCCUUUAUUUUUUUUCAAAAUAAUCACAACUGUCAAUCAAAUUUGAAAGACACAGUAAAAUAUGUAGAUGUCUACUAAGAGGAUGAGUUUGUGGAGUUUUGCUUUUUUUUUUUUUUUAAAGCUUUCUUUCUCCUUACAGAUUAUGCAUUCAGCAAAAUCCCAUUCAUUCUAAAGGUAUUCAUUUUGCUACAUGGCUUUCUGACCAGCAAUUUUUUUUUAAGGGAAGCAAAAUUUAUUAUGAUAUUAAAAGGAGGAUCUCUACAUAUGGCUUUCAAACUUAAUAUAAGUAAAGAUGAUGUUUCCUUGAAAUAAGUCAAAUCAGGUUGCUGAUAUGAAUGAACAAAUCAAUCUAUGUUACAUUGAUUGAAGAAAGUGUUCUGAGGAUCCACCACCUUCUACUGUGUGCACUUCUGUUACGAGGCUUUAUUGGAUUUUCCUGCUUCUUUUGUGUUUGUUUGUUUUUUUUCUAUUUGGCAAACAUCUAAAUGCGAUUCCCUUGCUCAUGAUUUAAACAUAUCUGCCAUUACAUUAUUUUUUGUGCAUGGAAUGUACGGAGGGAAAAUGAGAUAGAAAUCCAAUAUUUAAAUCUCCGAAUAUGAAAAACAAACAACAACAAAAGAAAACCCACUAGCUUUUCUCUGUGUCAUUGCCUUGAUGUUCUGUCAUCUUCUGUAGGCUAGAAUUGCAAUUUUAAUAUCUAAUUCAAAUUGAAAUAUUCUUCUUGACUGAAAGUCACAUUUUAGGGUCUAUUGAGUUGACCGUGGUCAGAUCUCUUGAUUUCCCCUCAUGUUUAAUAUCUGAUCUCUAUUCUAAAUGGUAUUCUUGCGAGAGGAAGGCACCUCCUUACUGACAUUCGCCAUAAGUAUAAUAAUUUAUUCUCUAGGUCUAACUUCUAAAGUUAUUUUUCCUUUGACUUACAGUAUUUUUGAUUGUCUGCUUCUAUCCCUAGGGUAGUAGGUUGCUUAUUCUAAAUACACCUUUAACCUUAUAAGAAAAGAUGUUUCAAUGAGAAGCAAAUAUAUUUUUAUGUGUCUCUUAAUGCCUAAAAGAAAAUAAGUAAAGGAUACUUCUGCAUUCACCUGUAUUCCAGUAUUUUCCAAAUCGUGUCCAGGGCUACUGUUUCUGACAAAUGUUCACUCUGGCCCGAGAAUAUAUGGUCCCCACUCCUCGGACAUUUGAUAAUAAAAGUUCGUGUUUUAAUGAAGCUUAAGAAAGUUAUUAAAUCACAAAAACACUUUUUUUUUUCUAAACACACCUAGAAGAAAUUUUAGAAAAGUUCUCUUGUAACACCAGCUUACAUAUCCUUCAAGAACCAUAAAUAAUGCAACCAGGAAUGUUUUGAAAGGAUGCUUCUGGGUUUUCGUUUAAGAAAAAUUCCUGCCAUUUCAAAUGAAUUAGUAUCAUUUUAAAUUUCAUUAGUAUAUCUUAGUGAAUUUAACUUUAUCACCAAAAUAUUCAAAAUAAAACAACAUUUUUUUUAAUAUUUUAAUUUUUUAGGUAUUUUUUUUUAAGAUCUGUAUCAAUGGCCAGCACAUCAGGCCACCAUCUGUUGAAAACAAUCCAAAUUCUUUACAGAAUGAAAUUAAUGCUAGCGAGCAAUCUUCGGUAAUAUUUUAUUAAACGGCUUUAAGAAAUUGAAUCAUGAUAGAUGAACGCUGACCACAUUUUUACAUAAUCUUGUUAGAAACUAUAUGAAAAACAUUUCUUAAACGAGAGGGAUAUAUUAGUUAGCAAAGAUUUUGCAGAACCCUACACUCCAUUAAGGAACAUUUCAUAGUUCUUUUUUGCUGUGCCUUAUUUUGCACAUCAAUUAUUUUUACACAACAUCAGCAAAGUUCCUUUAAAAAAAUUCCUGGACAAACCGAUUCAGAAUAAUGCUGAAUCACUUUAGAUUUCUCUAAACAUAGCUCAAGUUUUAAUUCAUUCAGAGUUCGCAAAUCGGCUUGAGAAAUGAUGAGCCAUUUAUCAUUUUUAAAUAGUGCAUUGACUGAGUAUAUCAUGCAAAUGUUAAUUCCAUCUCAUUUGUUCAGUGGUGUAUUACUUCAUUGACAUUUCCUCUCCUUUUCUUUUUUUGACAAAACAAAUGCUUAGUAUUAUUCAUACAUGCAUCAUUACUUAAAACUAUCUUAAAUAAUACACCAAAUGACUACCACUGGGAUCACUGUCCUAAGGUCCAAAGCCAGAUUUUUUUCUUUUCCUUGUGAGAGAUGAUAGGAUGAUAAUUCUUAUAGCUGUGUUGACUUUGCAGUUCAGUAUUGAACUCUUGCUUUGUUAAAUGGAUAUGCAUGAAAGAGACUGGCUUCUGUCUGAUUUCUCUGUUUCUCUCUCAAUCUAAGAGAGUUGGAAAAUUGCUCCUGAAUAUUUUUUUCUUGAAAAAGCCAAGUGUUGGUAUAUGUAUGAUGAUAUGUUAAUCUUAUCUCUCAGCAAAGCUUCACUACAGGCCAAGCAGUCCUUUAGAGAGCUGACUUUUUUUUUAAUGUUUGAAUAUUAUUCAAUCUAUAAAUCUUUCAAUCUACAAAUACUUUUUUUUUAAAUUUUUCGCUUCGUGUAGAAAAAAAAAACUAUGAAUGAAAUGAUCAAAUUUUAAUUUUCAUGCCUACUGAGGGGCAUUCAUUUCUUUUUUCUUACUUUAGCAAUCAGAGAAGCUAGGAAAAGAAUCUCAGAGAAAUUCUGCUGUGUUUCUAGAGGUAAUAAAAAUUCUGUCAAUUGUCUUUCUUAAGAGAAGCGCUGUUGGUGUAUACUUUAAUUUGAGUUGGUGGUAGUCUUUAUUUCGAACUCCCCAUGAUCUUUAUAGCAACAGUUAACUGAAUUUCUUCACGACCUUGUACAGACUAUAUAAUUUCACAGAAUUCCUUUAGCAUAACCUAUUUGUAAAAGAAAUUGUGGGUUAAAAUACUCAAGUAUAUUUUUUAAAUCUAGUUAAAAUGUUGAUGCGUGGCUCUUUUUCCUACAUGUGUAAUUCAACAGAGUACUUUUAUUCUCAUAGCCGUAACUGCUUUGUCUAUGAUGAAAGCUUACUGCUUCUGUGCUGUUCUCAAGAAAAAAAACCAGCAGAAGCAGCAAGGGUUCACUGCAGCAAAGCUCGCUGUUGAGCAAUGGUGACAUGAAUGUGUAGCAUUGAUUUAUUGAAGAUAAUCAUGAGAAGAUUUUCUUGCCUUAUGAGUUAGAAAAGGUGUGGAUAUCAUUUUUUUGUAAAUAAUGAUUUUUACAAAUUUUUUUCUUCAUAAUUUUCCCAAUCACCCAUUUCACAAAUUCCUGAAUAUGCAAUUAUUUAUCAUGACACAUUACUGCAACUAGGGUUCCCGUUUCAGAACAAAUUUUAAUUAAACAUGAGAUCAAGACAAAAUAUCUAAAGUAAGUUGUUAUUUAAAUGUGAUUUUUUUUUCUGGAAAAUAAAUGAAAAAUGUAAAAAUAAA